UCGAACAUCUCAUAGACAUGGCUGAGAAAGAGAAAUCGAGUAGGGAUUACAGAGACAAACACCGUAGUUCCAAGGAUAAGCACUAUGAAGAUGACCACCGUCAUCAUCACCAUCGUUCCAAGCAUCGAUCAGAAGACGGACAUCACCGAUCUGAGAGAGAGGGAAGCCGAGAAAGAUCUCAUUACCAUGAUAGGAAGGAGGAAGCACUGGAGAAAAAGCAUUCGCAUAAGAGGAAAGACCGAGCAGAAAGUGUUGAUAGAAGCAAUGCGGAUGACAAGAGACCUAGAGUUUCUGACAAGAGGAGGACCGAGGACGACAAUGGUAGGGAUAAGCGGAGAGUUGAUGAUGGAGAUUGGAGGGAUAAGGAUGAGGAGAGAAGAGAGAAAAGGAGGUUUGAGGAUAAAGCAAAGGAGGAGGAGGAGGAUGUGGAAGUUGAUGAAGAAAGGAGGGGAGGUGGAUUUCAAAUGACAACUUCUAAGAAAGAGCCAACUGAUAAUGUCCAGGAUCAGGCUGUUGGUUCCAUUGCUAAGGGUGAGACAAUGGGAUCAUACAAUGUGACAUCAAGGACUUUGCCUGGUAACAACUUGGCUCAUGGUGAUUCUCCAGCUACCAAGGUAUCUUUGCUUUCUACCACAAAUGAAAAUAAGGGAGUUAAUAUUAACGGAUCUCAUCAGAUUCCUGGGAAAUCUAGUACAGAUGGGACAGUUUCUGGUGCUGGCAAGAGUGGGAGCUUAUCCCUUGAUGCUUUAGCAAAAGCGAAGAGAGCUUUACAAAUGCAAAAGGAGUUGACUCAAAAGUACAAGAAGAUACCUGCAUUAAACAAGAACAAGGGUCCCAACUUUACAAGAGAGGGACUUCCACAGGUGGGACCCAAGGAGAGCCUUCAACCUUCGGCUAAUGCAGGGAUUUUUCCUACUCCAGUUGCAUCUUCAGAUGCAGGGGUAUUGCUACCUCCUGGUUCAGCACCAAGUGCAUCCAAUCCACCAUCUAGUGGUUUGCCUCAUCUUAUGGGGCUCACAGCUCAAAAAUAUGAAGCAGUAAAGCGUGCACAGGAACUUGCUGCUAAGAUGGGAUUCCGACAGGACCCAGAAUUUGCUCCCCUCAUAAACAUGUUUCCAGGGCAAAUGCCACCAGAGGUUACCCUUCAGCCAAAGCCUGCAAAGGCCCCUGUUCUUCGAUUGGAUGCCCUUGGUAGGGAAAUCGAUGAGCAGGGAAAUAUUGUCAAUAUGCUUAAGCCAUCGAGCACCCUUAAGGUGAACAUCAAUAAAAAGAAACAAGAAGCAUUUCAAAUUCUCAAACCUGAACUUGAGGUUGAUCCUGAGAAAAAUCCUCAUUAUGAUCCAGGCAUGGGAAUUGACAAGAACAAAAUUUUGAGGCCCAAGAGGAUGACAUUUCAGUUUGUGGAGGAAGGCAAAUGGUCCAGAGAUGCAGAGAUAAUCAAGUUAAAGAGCCAAUUUGGUGAAGCACGAGCUAAAGAGCUAAAGGCAAAGCAAGCACAGUUGACCAAGGCUAAAGCAGAGCCUGACAUAAAUCCGAAUCUCAUUGAGGUAUCGGAAAGGGUUAUUGCCAAGGAAAAACAGAAGGAACCUAUUCCUGAUGUUGAGUGGUGGGAUGCUCCUCUGUUACGAUCUGGUACUUAUGGUGAUGUUGUUGAUGGUAACGUAACUAACGAACAGUUGAAGAUUGAAAGGAUCACCAUAUAUGUUGAACAUCCUCGCCCUAUUGAGCCACCUGCUGAACCAGCUCCACCUCCUCCCCAACCAUUGAAACUAACCAAAAAGGAGCAAAAGAAACUUCGAACUCAGCGAAGAUUGGCCAGAGAGAAAGAAAGACAAGAAAUGAUACGACAAGGCCUGGUGGAACCACCAAAGCCGAAAGUUAAAAUGAGCAAUCUAAUGAAAGUUCUUGGCUCAGAAGCCACACAGGAUCCUACAAAGCUUGAAAUGGAGAUCAGAAGUGCUGCUGCUGAGCGUGAGCAGGCUCAUGUAGACAGGAAUAUUGCUCGUAAGCUUACUCCUGAUGAGCGUCGAGAGAAGAAAGAGAGGAAACUUUUUGAUGACUCAAAUAUCGCACCGGAGACUAUUGUUUCAGUAUACAAAAUUAAUGACCUCUCCCACCCACAAACCCGCUUCAAGGUGGAUGUUAACGCGCAGGAGAAUCGUUUGACUGGGUGUGCAGUGAUCUCAGGAGGUAUUAGUGUUGUUGUUGUUGAAGGUGGGAAAAAAUCAAUCAAGCGAUAUGGGAAACUUAUGCUUAGAAGAAUUGAUUGGGCAGCUGCUGGUAAGAAAGAAGAUGAUGAAGGUGAAGGUGAAGAUGAAGAUAAGCCUCUCAACAAGUGCGUGUUGGUCUGGCAAGGGAGUGUUGCUAAAUCAAGCUUCCAUAGGUUUUUUGUUUAUGACUGCAGGACUGAGGCUGCUGCUCGUAAAGUUUUUGCUGAUGCUGGGGUUCCCCAUUACUGGGAUCUUGCUGUUAACUUUAAAGAUGACGAAUUUUAAUUUAUUUGAACGUUCUGCUGUCUCUGCUAAACCUGAUUUUCUAGUCUCAUGCUGUUCUAUUACAAUUGGAGUGGUCCUAUUGUGGAAUGAUGUUGGAGGAGAAGAAAAGUGAAAACUUCAAGGAUACUUGUAAUUUCAUGUUCUCAAAGGAGCACUUGCUACUCUUAACCUUUGCUGUCCAAGGCAGAGAUGGUUGUGGAACUGUGAUCGGCAUCUUUCUCUAUUUUGAGUAGAUUCUACUUGUUAUUAAGUAUUAACUACUCGUAGUUCAAGGUACACCUUUUGUUUUUGAUCAAUGUGUAACAGCCACUUUUUUCCGUGCUGAGGUAGUGUAGUGCACAACAACAUCAGCAUCUGGUGACUGACUAGGCGGUCGCUGCAUAAAGGGUGUUAGUUGGUAGCACUGUGGGCUUGAAGCUGUAUGGUUGCUAUAGAUGUCUGUCCUCCUCUUUGUUCUGAUGCAAUGAGUUGCGUCUGUUUGUUCGAAUAUUACUUACUAGAUGUAAUAACUGUUGGUGCAUUUGCUUGUGUCAAUUGGCAAA